AUGUUUGUACCCAGCAGCAGGGGCCCCAGGGGCCCCCUGCUCUCUUCGCUCCCUCAUGACCCUCCAGUGGGGGCCCCUAGUACCCUGUUAAAGGGUACUAGAGCAGAUAAUAAAAGCUCAAGAGUCACACCAGCAGCAGCAGCAGCAGCAGCAGCAGCAGCAGGAGAAGCAGGAGAAGGAACAGCAACAUCCCCUUCUGCUAUAUCUCUCUCUUCUUCUCGUCCUUCAUCUCCUUCUCCUGCUUCUGCUACUACUGCAGCAGCAGCAGCAGCAGCAGCAGCAGCAGCAGCAGAUUCUGCUGCUGCUGCUGCUAUAUCCUCUAUAGGGGCAGAGGCCUAUUUAUUACUAAAUCCCCAGCAAAUAGAGAAACAAAGAAAAACAAAUAAAACUAUUCGUUGUCUUCUUAAUAAAAGAAGAGAAGAAAAAGAAAAUAAACAAAGAGGGGCCCCCCAGGGGGCCCCAGGGCCCCCAGGGCCCCCAGGGUCACCAGGAUAUUGGGAGGGGCCCCCUGCUGGGGCCCCUGGGGGGCCCCCACAGGGGCCCCCUUCUUCUAUUUAUAAACAAAGAAAUGAUGAUAAAUUAAGAGAAGGGGAUCUGUCUCCUGCAGAGACUAAUGAGACAGAUGCAUGCAGUACAGAGGGCAGCAACGCAGCUGCUGCUCCUGCUGCUGCUGCUGCUGCUGCUGCUGCUGGUGCAGGUGCAGAAGCAGCAGCAGGAGGGAAGUGGGAUCGGGAUUGGGAUCGGGAUCGUCAACCGCUCCCUCUACCUGAAUUUACUUUGUUGCCUAAUCUACCUGAGGAGCAGCAGUCGCCGCAGCAGCGGCGUCCGCUGCAGCCAUGGCAGCAGCAGCAGCACGAGAAGCUGCUGCGGCUGCAGCAGCAGCAGCAGCAGCAGCAUUAUAGGGAGAGAGGAUCUAUAAGGGGCCCUAGACCCCUUAAGAGAGACAGGGAGAGAAUGGAGGCAGCAGCAAGAGCAGAAGCUUGUGCUGCUGAGGUUGCUGCAGCAGGAGCAGCAGCAGCAGCAGCAGGAGCAGAUUUCUUUGGUAGAAUGCAUGCAGAAUGUGUUGCCUUGUUAAAUAUGCUAAGACCUAGCGAGGAAGAAGAUGCAAGAAAAAGAGAGGUAAAUAGCAGCAGCAACAGCAGCAACAACAACAGCAGCAGCAGCAGCAGCAAUGCAUGCAGCAGCAGCAAGAACAACACAUACAACACCACCAUCAGCACCACCUCCACCUGUAGCACCACCACCAGAACCACCUCCACCAGCAGCAGCAGCACCAGCAGCAGCAGCAGGAUCAGCAGCAGCAGCAGCAACAGGAAGACUUGUCGUUUUGUGCGUUUCCUACGGGAGUUGAAUGAAGGUGCUGCAGCAGUAACAGCAGCAGCAGCAGCAGCAGCAACAGAUUCAUCUCGUGCUGCAGCAUUAGAUAUUCUUCCUAAGGAGCAGCAGGAGGAGUUGCAGCAGCAUUUGCAGCACAUGUUGCAACAGCAACAGCAGCUGCAACAGCAGCAGCAUGAUUCAACUUCUGCUGCUUUUUCUGCAACAGCAUCAGCAGCAUCAGAAUCAGCAGCAGCAGCAGCAGCAGCAGCAACUGCAGCAGGAGCAGCAACAUUUGCAUAUAAUAUACAACCUAUUCUUAAGGCAAGACUUACCGAGUAUCCGCUGCUGCGCCCUCUUGUGCUGCUCAACAAGUUGCUGCUGCGGCACUUAGAUCUUCAUGAGCCAUUUAAGGGUGGCGUUGGUUCUUAUUUGCUGUUUACGAUGCGUCAGAGAAGAGGGAGAAUUGUUGAUGAAGCGAAGCAUCAGAAGAGGAAUGAAUCCGAUGCGGCUGAGUGCGGAGAGCCCCCUGGUAAGAAGGAAGCCGCGUUUAAAUCCUGCUCCCCGAGCAGCAGCAGCAGCAGCAGCAGCAGCACUAUCCUACAUAAGCGAGGUGCUGCUGGUGUAGACUGGUGUAGGGAGCAUGAACGCACACGAGACAUAGGCUCCUCUGCGCACAAGAUUAUGGCAGUGCGCGAAGCCUGGCGUCGCGCAUAUAUGCGCCUUGCCAGCCGCCUGGCUUCAGAGGUCCGCAGUGGUGGUGCUGCAGUAGCAACAGAUGAAGACCCCAACAACCAACCAUCAGGAGGUCAUUCUCCUGCUGCACAGCCGAUCUUGAGCUGCUUCUUUGGUGAUUCGUGGCCGGAAGGGCUGGUCACAAAGCCUAGCAGCAGCAGCAGCAGCAAGAAGAGAGGUAAACAUUCAUGUGGAGUUGCCAUGCUCCGGCCUGGCAUUUGGGUGACGCGUUCCGUUCAAAAGGAGAUGGAGGAGGUAGUGCAGCGCCUCGUGGUGGUGUCUAGACAUUUGAAGGAGAGGCAGCAGAGGCGCUACUUUUCUCCUGCACCUCGCAAGCCGCUAGUUGAUUUAACAGAACAGGAAAUAAGCGGCGAAGAGGAAGUAUCCGAAGCAUCUUCCGACAGCGGUGCCGCAGAAAACCUGCACAAAUUCCCGUGGAUGCGGCAGCACCAGCAGCAGGAGCAACAGCAGCAGAAGCAACGGAAACACCGGAAGCAAGAGAGCAAGCAGGACCAUGAGACGUCCUCUUCUCGCAGCAGCAGCCCCACAUAUCCUUUCGGGGGAACAGUUGCUGGAGUUUCAACUUUGGGCUUUCCUGCUGCACAAAAGACCACAAAGGCCAAGGGUACAGCAACAUCGGUGCUCACUAGUGUGUCUUCUGACUCCUCUGAGAAGCCUUCUUCUGUCAUUUACCUCGACAGCAGCAGCAGCGACAGCGAGUCCGCCGUCGUUGAAGUGUACCCGCAGCACCCAGCACGCGAGGCCAACAGACAAAAGAGGAAAAAGCGCAAACAAAGACAGGCCAUGCAGCGGGCGAAGCUGCGUAAGAGGGACAAGGUAGCUGCCGAAGCUCCUGAGUGGUUGUUCAGCCGAUAA